UGUCCGGUCGUUAUCGUUUACGACGUUGGGACCGACUGGCCCACGGUCAGUUGCCUCGUCAAUGACCACUCGCUGGUCUGUAAGGGCGGGUUUUAUGUACUCGCCAAUUCACCUCCCCGUUCCGACCCACAAUACGCGCUGAGCCCUCCGCAGCUCGUUCCAGAGAGCUUGGGUACAAAUAACGGCAAUCGCGGUGAUGAAGUCGUCGCGAGCGGUAGAAAGCGGAGAAAGGAGGAUCACAGAAAACAGGAGCUCGAGAACGACAAGUACACUGAGGAUGUGCAACCCACAUCCGUCAGGUGUCGCGGAUGUCAGAAGGCCAUCAGCCUUGACAAGCGCUCCAGGUACUAUCCUGGACUGUGGGUCAAGCACAGGAGCAAGUGCCCGGGCAUCCUCGAGCUAGAG